AUGGCGGCUAUUGGAAAAAAUGAACGAGAAGCAGCAAAAUAUUACUCAAUACUUGUUGAUGCAACCCCUGAUUCAGCACAUAUGGAACAAACUGUAUUUAUAUUGCGUUAUGUUUAUUUAAAUGAAGAAAAUAGUCUCUAUGAAGUUCAAGAGCGAUUUCUAGAGUUUGUUGACUGCAAUCAGAAAACGGGGAAAGCUAUUGCUGAAUUAAUUUGCAGUGUUAUUAAAAAACACAAUACCAAUGAUAGACUGUCGUGGUCUAGCAUGUCAGAUACACGUUGGUCAGCCAGGAUUGAACGUGUAAAACCUUUUGCAGAACAUAUUCCUGGUUUAAAGAGUGCUAUCCAAGACUUAAAGCAGCUAAAUCUUACUGCCGAGACUCGAUCGGAUAUCAAACGUAUUGAGAAAUACUUGGGUUCAUUUGAGUGCAUUAUACUCGCAAGCACUUGGUUUAAAGUUCUAACAAGCAUCAAUUACAGAAACACAGUUCUGCAAGCCAGAGAUGCAACUUUAGAUGUGGAGGAUUCAAUUUUAAAUGAAUGUAAACUUAUUGCCGAAAAUCUAGGUAUGGUUUCCAAUGACAUAUUCCCGAAGAAAAAAUGCAGCCGAAAAGCUAGAUUUUCAGAUGAGGAACAGAAUAAUAAAUUAGGAAACACCAGUGCAGAAUUUUGUUUUAAGCGCGAUGUUUUUUAUGUUCUUUUAGACUGUGUCAUUGGUAAUAUGAAUCGGCGUUUUGAGGCAGCCAAAGAUCUUGAGGAAACAUUUGGUGUUGUAUGA